AUGUAUGAAAACUGCACGCGGGUGUACGGUAACGUGGAAAUCACCCAUUUGACGAAGACGACUCUGACAAAUUGGACCGAUGCCGAUUUCAGCAAGAAGCUGAAGAUAUUCGAACACAUCCAAGAGAUUAAAGGAUAUCUUCUGAUAUACAAUGUGGAUAUACGAAGUAUCGACUUCCCUAAUCUCAAGAUCAUAUGGGGUGAUGAUUUACUGGAUGACAACAGUGCGCUCACAUUGAGUAGUAAUCUUGAACUGAAAGAGUUACGGAUGCCUAAAUUGCGAGCCAUUCACAAAGGGAAUGUCCGCAUUGAGAACAGCACGUUCUUGUGUUAUUUGCAAUCGAAAGUCAAUUGGAAUGAACUGCUCGAAGACGACGCGGAAAACCGUCUGAUCACGUCUGACUCAGCCUUCCGGCAGUGUAAUCCUAUAUUGAUUAAGUGCACCAACUGUGAGCAUUGCUGGAGUGGAAAGGCCAAGUACUGCCAAGAGGUGUACCGAUCAGUGUGUGGUGAUCGAUGUUCCUCACGACAAUGCUUCCUACCACCAAAUUCGACCGAGUAUGAGUGCUGUCACGAGGCUUGCACAGGUGGCUGCAUGGGACGCGGUGCUGAUCAGUGCGUGGCGUGUCGAGAGCUGAGCCUGGAUGGUGUAUGUGUACAUCAAUGCCCGCCAAGGAUGGUACAUGACAACAAAAAGGGUAUGCUUGUUCCGAACCCGAACGGUCGCUUUAUCUACGACAGAUAUUGCGUAGAGGAGUGUCCCAGUGAGUUCUACGAUACAUUUGCAAGUUUUGUACAUAUCUUAACAUCAGAAGGUAUCAGUAUGUUCAUGUUUGCUACAGCAUAA